AUGCCUCCGCUACGUCAAAUCGUCCGGCCACUUGUCGCACCAGCGACACGAUGCACGCCGCGAUCGAAAGCGUCACGUUGGUUCUCAACUAGUCACCCCGCGCAAUCUUCGAAAUCUGAGUCUCCCAAAUGUCUCCUUGAAGACAAUGACAACGGAUUCGGGUUCAUUCGUAACAACCGACUCCCUCCAAAGCCCAGAAAGACAAGCGUCACCGAGAUCCGCGGUCCAUACUAUUCUGCCAUGGGCCCAAACUACCUGACAGACGUUCUCAAAACUAUCGGUUCACAUGUCGACGGCUUGAAGUUUGCGGGUGGAUCCUUCUCCCUUUUGCCAGAACCGGACCUGCGGGAACUCAUCGACAUCGCGCAUUCGCACAAUGUCUACGUCUCGACAGGUGGCUGGAUGGAACAUGUGUUGACACAAAGUGACACAGAAAGAGCUGUUGACAAGUAUCUCGACAAGUGCAAGGACCUAGGCUUCGAUGUCGUUGAGAUAUCUGCAGGGUUCCUCUCUCUCCCGCCGGAUGACUGGCUCCGACUUUGCGAACGCGUAAUGCAGAAAGGUUUGAAGCCUAAGCCUGAACUCGGUAUUCAAUUCGGCGCGGGCGGCGACACCGAAGCUUCCGAUCUAGAAGCGAUGGGAACAUCAGACCCGUCGCGCAUCAUCAAUCAGGCGAAGAAAUUCGUAGACAUGGGCGUUGAGCGCAUGAUGAUCGAGAGCGAGGGCAUUACUGAGAAUGUGAAGACUUGGCGAACCGAUGUGAUUCAGGCCAUCUUGAGAGACGUACCACUGGAGAAAGUUAUGUUUGAAGCAGCCGACCCUAAAGUCUUCAAUUGGUAUAUCAGGGAGUUUGGCGUCGAUGUGAAUUUGUUCGUCGACCAUAGUCAGAUCUUCCAGCUAAGCUGCCUCAGAAGAGGCAUCUGGGGCAUGGCGGAUACUUUUGCGUACCCCAAUGUUGCCGAAGAUUUCAUUGUAAAGAUCGUAAAGGCGAUCCUCGACACACCCGUCUUCUUUCAAGCGUCUCCGGAGCAUGAGUGUUUCUGGCGAAUGAAUAUUGUACUCGAUCCUUGA